AUUCUCUCUAGAAGCUCUCUCAUCAUCACCAUCAUCACCAUCAUCAUCAUCCAUGGAAUUGAAUCAGUCUCGUUCAAAUCUAGCAUCUUUCUCCAUGUAAAAAUCAAAUCUUUUUUCACACACGCAGAAAAUUCCCUUCGAUAAAUGCUUCCAUUUCUGCGUGUGAAUCAACAAUGCCGACCGUCACAGUCAAAUUGUACAGCGUCCUCUUCAAAUUCUUCCUCAAACGCAAGCUCCUCACCUUGAUCGACGCCGCAAUUGACCCCUACGGGAUCGCAAUCCGCCCCGAUGAAGCCGUGGCUGCCGCCAACCCCAGCUUCUCCGACGACGGCGUCGCCACCAAGGACCUCCACAUCGACCCCUUAACCCCUCUCUCGCUGCGAAUUUUCCUCCCGGACUCCGCCGUCGUUUCCCCCAAAUCGGUCCCCAACCUUAGGGUUAGGGUUCCGAAGGGGGUUUACGGCGGGUAUCUGCCGGAGAGCAGCGGGCGGAAUUGCCGGAAGCUGCCGGUUAUUCUGCAAUUCCACGGCGGGGGGUGGGUUAGCGGGGGGAGCGACACGGUGGCGAACGAUGUGUUUUGCAGGAGGGUGGCGAGAUCGUGCGACGCGGUGGUGGUGGCGGUGGGGUAUAGGCUGGCGCCGGAGAGUCGGUAUCCGGCGCCGUUCGAGGAUGGUGUGAAGGUGUUGAAUUGGCUGGCGAAGCAGGCGAAUUUGGCGGAGUGGGGGCGGUCGUUGGGGAAUAGGAGUGGUGGAGGAGAUGGGAGGAGGUUGCAGAUUGCUGAUGGAUUUGGGGCUUCCAUGGCUGAGCCGUGGUUGGCUGCUCAUGCUGAUUUAUCUAGGUGUGUUGUUCUUGGAGCGAGCUGCGGUGCGAACAUUGCCAACUACGUCGCGCAAUAUUCCGCCAAGGCAGGAAAGCUUCUCGACCCGAUAAGAGUGGUGGCUCAAGUUCUGAUGUACCCUUUCUUCCUCGGAAGCAUCCCCACUCCAUCAGAGAUCAGACUGUCGUCUCAUUCAUACCUCUACGACAAAUCCAUGGCCUUGCUCGCGUGGAAGCUGUUUCUACCAGAGGGCGAGUUCAGCCUGGACCAUCCCGCAGCCAACCCUCUCAACCACGCUCGGGAAGUGGCCCUCAAGUACAUGCCACCGACUCUGACCAUCACUGGCGAGCAUGAUUGGAUGCGCGACCGUGCCAUUUCCUAUGCAGACGAGCUUCGGAAGGUCAAGAUAGACGCCCCUGUUCUCGACUACAAGGACUCGAUCCAUGAGUUUGCAACGCUAGAUGCGCUGCUCAAGACCCCACAGGCUCAGGCUUGCUGCGAGGACAUUGCUAUAUGGAUGAAGAAGUAUAUAUCUCUGAGAGGCAACGAGCUGUCUUACUAGCAAGAUUUAGAUGGAACUGAGGCCACACGAUUUGAAGUGAUUUUGUGGUGGGGAAUGAAUCAAUGGUGCUGGUUGAUUGUAUGAUCGAUAGGCUGAGAGCUGCUAUACAUUUUUGUACAGGUUUGAGUAGUGAGGUUUGUGGUUUCUUUCCUUGUAGUAGUAAUAAUCUUUCUUGUGCAAUAGUUAUUCCAGUGUACAUUAGUUUUGGAUGGAUAAAUUAUUUUAUUAUUAUUUUUACAUUAAAAUC